GACCAUGAACACAACGCCCACCUCCCGUCCCUCUCUGUGUCAGCCCAGGAGGCGCGCCGCCUUGCUGUGGGCGUGGCUGUGGGCGUUAGCUAUCACUGAGUUCGGGGCGCUGGCCGAGUGCCCCAAAGUGUGCGAGUGUAAGUGGCGGGACGGGAAGGAAGUGGUAGCCUGCAGGGACGCACAUUUUAUCGAUAUUCCUCGAGGACUCGAUCCCUCGACACAAGUCCUUGACCUCCGACACAACAACCUGAGGAUCCUUCCACGAGACUCCUUCGUCUACACCGGCCUCGUUAACUUGCAAAAAGUUUGGCUCAACUUUUGCAACCUCAUGAGGCUUGAGAAGGGAGCAUUCAGGAUGUUGAACAACGUUGUUGAACUUGACCUGAGCAACAAUCUCUUGAGAGCGGUGCCCUCUGACGCCCUCAUGGACAUGGGUGGCCUGAGAGAGCUGCGCCUCGCUCACAACAGUCUCACAGUCAUCCCAGCCCUAGCUUUCGUGCCUACACCCGAGCUAGUCCACCUCGAUAUUAGCCACAACAGCAUCGCCGCUAUCGAAGAGGGAGCACUGAUGGCGCUCUCCAGACUUGAAGUCCUGAAUUUGUCUGAUAACAAAAUGACAACAAUGGACGCCAGCGACCUCAUCUCGCUAGCGGUUCUGCGGGUCUUGCAGCUCGAGGGAAAUCCGUGGCACUGUGACUGCCAUCUACGACCGCUACGCAAAUGGAUGCAGGAACACAAUUUAGCGGCGUCGGUGCCCGCCGUGUGUACCCAUCCCAGAUGGCUAGCUGGUCGUGACUGGCAGCUUCUGGACGAAGAAGAGUUUGUCUGCGCACCGCUGGUGACGGCGGUAGCGCCGAGAGUGCUCGCUGCCGAAGGAGAAAACGUCUCGUUGGGUUGUCGGGUGGAGUCUGAAGUGGAGACAGUUGUCACAUGGUUGGUGGGGGACAGUCUCCUGCAGAACACAAGCGAGGUGCAGCGCUACACUGUAGUCGAACUCAUGGGGCCCUACUAUUCCUCGUAUAUUUCUAACCUAACCAUUACGGACGUGGUGCCGCUGGACCAAGGGACGUACCGCUGCGUAGCAGAGAACAGAGCAGGGCGCAGGGAGGUCAACUUAACGCUGCAGGUGUCGCACGAGGUUGCCGAGGUGCGCGUCGCAAACGUCGAUGACACCUACAUGAAGAGUGGUGUCCUCGGCGGAAUAUUUAUUCUCGUGUGCAUCCUGCUUAUCGUGUGUCUCCUCAUAUAUUGUAAAGUUCGCAAGCGCCCACCACAACAGGAAGAUGAUAAGCUUGUAACACCUCAGACGUCUCGGGGCUCGGAGAGUACGGAGCCCCACAAGUUGGCUGGGUACCAUAUAGUCCCCACAAACGAGCUGGAAGACCCUCAGCCCUCAGUGCGUAGAUCCCAACAAACACAGGCCUCAUGGAUGCUCCGAGAGGCGCCCUUGGACGACUUCCCCUCCAGCAAGAGUCUGGAGGCUGCCGCAGAAGGGCAAAGACAGGAGACCAUGGAGGUACCCGUCACCUUGCCCACAACGACGCCGAGCAGCGUCUCCUAUGUAGAAAUUCCAAAAUCUGGCGUCGGGGCAGCGAGAACGACCCUGGAAGAUCCUACUAGAUGGAAGGAUCAUCUCUUCUAUCACGGAAGGGACGCACUCUUCUACAGGAUGUGCGGCCGAUCGGCAUCCCAGUCGUCCAUGGGAGCCAGCAGCAACGGUGGCCAAUAUCCUGACCUGCUGGACCUGCCUCGCUCGCAAGACUUGCAACAACACCAGGUCACCAGCCUGCCGCUGCAUGCACUCAACCCGUCCUACUGCACCUUGCCCAGAACGAGAGCCAGGGUGAACAGCGAUGCUUGCCUCAGGGGAGAGCUACACGAGGCAGCAGCAAGGUUGGUCAGCAACCCUGACAACACCACCACAACAGCACCUCCUCAGGACGCCUCCUACAGGAGCCAGUGCGGGAGCGGAGAAGGUGCGGCGGGGUGCGGCCAGCUUCCUGCGGACCCGUACCGCUUCGAGUACCACGCGGCGCAGCUGGAGAAGUUCCUGCGCGAGUACCGCUGCCUUCAGCAGCAGCUCAUCCACAUGAAGCAGUCGUACGAGGCUCAGCACCACCCUGGCUCAGCACCCAGAUUGGACUACCAUCCAGAGACACAUGGAGGAAUGGGUGCUGCUCCUCCACCUCCUCUUCCGCAAAUCGGGUCCUUCCAACACCUCCUUGGGACUCAUCCACCUCCUCUGGAGGUCCUACCGCCUCCUCUAGAUGCCAUACCACCUCCUCUAGAGAUUAUUCCUCCCCCUCCUCCCCCUGUAGUAGCCGGUCUACCAGCAGUCCCUGCGUCGCUGCCUCCGUCUGCAGCACGAACAACAGUGUCUUCCACCAAGCCUUCCUCUGUUAAAGUCCAGAAGUCCUAUGGUGGGAGUCCGCAGUCCUACACCGAAGUCUCGGCGAUGCAGGCACAUGCCGCAGCCUCCUCCGAACCUCUAAAGUCCAUCCUUAAGAAAACUCCUGAAGCAGGGAAGCAGCAGCAGCGACAACAGAAGCUAAGGAAGAACUCAAGUACAUCGCAGAUAGAGGACCCAGCCGGGUGCACGGCAGAUCAUCCCCACCACCAGUAGCACCUGCAGUGCUGAAGUACCACAACUCAAGACGAAGGCGCACCCGAAGUGACUACUCAAGACUGCCGGGGACCUCGACACCGUGGGUCAGUGGCCCUGGAGACUGUGGGUCAGUGGCCCUGGAGACUGUGGGUCAGUGGCCCUGGAAACUGUGGGUCAGUGGCCCUGGAGACUGUGGGUCAGUGGCCCUCGAGACUGUGGGUCAGUGGCCCUGGAGACUGUGGGUCAGUGGCCCUGGAGACUGUGGGUCAGUGACCCUCGAGACCGUGGGUCAGUGGGCUUCGAGACCGUGGGUCACUUGCCCUCGAGAUCGUAGGUCACUGGCCCUGGAGAUCGUGGGUCAGUGGGCCUUGAGACCGUGGGUCAGUGAACCACGAGACCGUGGAUCAGUAAACCUCGAGACAGUGGGCCAGUGGCCCUCGACACCGUGCGUCAAUGGCCCUUGAGACUGUGAGUCAGUGGCCCGCGGGAACAGUUUACUACGUUGGAGUGUAUUCCGAGAGGCGGACAGAUGCAGGGAUGCUCUACGACCAUGGCAUCCUUCGCAAACAUAGCCACGACAGCCGCAAUAACCACGGCAACCGCGUCAACCAACGUCAGCCAUAACAACCACUUAAACCAUGGCUAGAGAUGAGAGCCACUACAUCUCAGAAGCCAAGCUCUUCCUCUCUCUCUCUCUCACUGGCUAAACAGUCACCUCCGUAAGAAGCCACAAGAAGACGAACCUUCAGCACUGAGGGUCAGUGAGCCACUGAUGUCACUGCUGAUCGCUGACAUAUUCAAGGUCCGUCUGUAAGGUGACAUCAGACGUUCAAUGGCAAAACUGAAGCACAUGUCUUGGCAGCAGUUUCAUCCAUUGUCCUUUAACUGUGAGUCUCCUGCCAUGGAGACUGUGCUAGGCUCGUUCUCCCCCUAUCUUUGUACUGAACCAGUGACCUGAAGAAUGAUUCACUGACCUGAAGAAUGAUUCACUGACCUGAAAGCUGACUCACUGACCUGAAGAAUGAACCACUGGCCUGAAAACUGACUCACUGACCUGAAGAAUGGUUCACUGACCUGAAAACUGACUCACUGACCUGAAGAAUGAUUCACUGACCUGAAGAAUGAUUCACCUAUCUGAAGAAUAACCCACUGAUGUAAACAAAGACAGUGGAGUUUUUUCAACAUACUCACAACAUACGUUAGCCACCAACAUGCUGAUAUAUGCGUAAACACUGACAGUUGUGUCGCGAUGUUGGGGCGGGAUGCAGCCCAAGGCGCCAUGAUAGGAUGUACCCACUUUGUGUAUAUAUUUGUACAUAUAUAUAUUUUUUUGUCCCUAGCGAUGAGUGUUUGACGUGGCAGAAGAUUCAUGGAUAAUGUCCAGUGUGUGUGUGUGUGUGUAGUAGUGGCGAAAAAAUGUUCAUGUGAAGCUUACAGACUGUCCGAAAUAUUUUUUCGAUUCUCUUCACCGAGUGAAAAAAAAAAAGACAGUGGAUCCCAAAAAAAUCCCAUUUGUUAGUUAUUACAAGUCUAAAUAAAUGAUAUAU